AUGUCUGGGACGGAUUUGCCAGUCUUUCAAGCAGGACACAGGUAUCGUUUUGGAGUCACUGGCGAGGAAAAAGUUGAUACUUGGUGGUGGGGAACUAGAGACGAUGUCCUCGUUGACGACGAUGAGCCUUACGGAAACCUCCAAGCCGCUGAGGGAGAAGGUCCCAUUGAUAUACACGCUGACUCGAUUGAGUUUGAUAUCAAGGAGCUAUAG